ACCACUCACCAGCCUCACAACUUGUGUUGACUCUGCUGGUGAAGGAGCUCAGUGCUAAUCUUGAGGAUACAUAACACAUGCAUUACUUUACUAACAAUUCAGUGUCAGCAAACAUGUCGAGUGCAGCAAGAACAGAAGAGACUCAGCGGCUGUCGUACAUGUCAAGAACGGAAGUAGUGCGCCUGAUAGUGGGCGGACUGGGUAUAGCAGUGUGUGUGGUGCUGGUAAUAGGUGCGGUCAUUGCAGUGGGCCUCUACACUACCCAAGCCAACCGUAUCCUCAUCCUCACCGUGGUAGCUGUGUCAGCCGCAGCCAUCUUACUCCUGUGUUACAUCAAGCCAUCAUGUUUAAAACAGGGGAUAAAAGACUUCACUGGUAUUAUUAACUCCGGAGGUAACCUGUGACGCAAGCUGCGACUCCAGAGGUAACCUGUGACGCAAGCUGCGACUCCAGAGGUAACCUGUGACGCAAGCUGCGACUCCAGAGGUAACCUGUGACGCAAGCUGCGACUCCAGAGGUAACUUGUGACGCAAGCUGCGACUCCAGAGGUAACUUGUGACGCAAGCUGCGACUUCAUCUCACACCAAGCCUCCUAAAUUGGAAAAGAAAUAUUACAGGAAUAAGAACUAUAAAGAGAGAGAGAAAGCCAAGGUA